AUAGUGGAGAGAGAGAGAGAGAGAGAGAGAGAGAGAGAGAGCAACUCAGAGGUGCAGAGGGAGUUUUGCUGCUGAAGUAAAAGUAGAGUUAUUAGGAAGCAGAAAAUGGGACCGGCUGCCACCUCGCUCGCUCUCCUGUGUUUAUGUUCUCUGGGUCUGUGUGUUCCUACAGGGACGGCUGAUGCUACACCAACACAGGUCAGGACUGCAUCCCUGUUAGAGGUGAAGAAAGGAAGAGGAGAUGUCCCUGAUAUUCUUCCAGAGCCUGAACCAGAGCCAACCAGCCCAGUGUCAGACUUUGAAAACUCAUACAACUAUGUCUUGUCCAGACUAGCCAGUAUGGACCAGGCGAUCCACAAGCUCAAUGUUGGUCACUACACCCUGGAUGUUAAAGUCAGCCAGUUGUUGGAUCGCCUGUCAAGGAUUGAUGCUAAAGUCGGGGAGCUGGAAGACAGCAUCCAGGAGGUCUACCAGCACAGUAAGGACAACCGCAAGGAGAUUGGAAGACUGGAAGGUUGCCAGAAGGGACACAGAUUGGGAUACAAGUGUUAUCUUGUGUACAAUAGCUAUGAGGACUACGCCGGAGCUGCCAGAAAGUGCCUGGAACGCGGCGGCCGCAUGGCGAUGCCCCGCGACCGCAAGGAGCAGGAGGCCCUCGCUGACUACGUCAAGUCAUUCUUCCACCCAGGGAACUGGCCCGUCUGGCUGGGCAUCAACGACCUGCGAUCUGAGGGCAUGUACCUCUUUGAUGACGGUACGCGGGUCUCAUACUUCCAGUGGCGCAAACACUUCCUGUCCAGCCAGCCGGACGGAGGGAGGCGGGAGAACUGUGUGGCGAUGUCGUCAGACGAUGGCGACUGGUGGGACCACUACUGCGACCGGACCAUGAACUAUCUCUGCGAGUUUGAUGACAGGGUGGCACUUUAAAACAAACUUUUUUAAAGCUAGCAUUACUCUCUCACCACCUUACUACUACCUUAAACUUUGAUCUCCACUUUUGAUCACUGAAAAUAGAUCCAUUAUAUAUUUUCAAAUUACUUAUUUCCCCUUAAAAGACAUUUUAAAAAUGUCCCUGGAUUGGUUGUAUUCAAAAGAGAAGAAGUCCUCAUAGAAAAGUGCAUUUUAUUGGAAAAAUUCCAGUAUAAUUUUAUUUGUAUAUGCAAUUAGCGUAGCACUGACUUGUUAGUAUCUUACAGGAUAAAAACAUUUGCUGCGAAAAUAUUUCAUAGAAUUGUAGGUUUUUAAGGUGAAACAUGUCUAAAAUGCGCACAAAUUCAUGUAUUGCUAUUUAAGUUCUGAAAGUACUGAAUAAGACUUAACCAGAUAAGUAUUAUAAAUAUUAUAGAAAUCAUGUAGCUGCAGUGAUAUGAAUGUAAACCAGAGAGGACUCUGGUUUACAUCCGCUGUGAUUUCACGCCUGGAAUUCUAAAUAUUUGUUCAACGUUUCCAAAAAAAAAAAAAAAGGGAAAACAUGAAAAGCUGGAGGCCCUUUCUUCAGAAUCAGCACAUACUAAACCUCUUGAAGAUAUAAAUACAAUGUGUAUUUGGGCUUAGCAGGAAUUAUGGAGUGCUUCUCUGUUACUUACUGAUCUUUUAAGAUAUUUUAACAAAGUCGGUACCCGAGUGUGACUGCCAUGUUAAACUGCUGAUUCGGAAAAUAUCUGGCCAGAACAUUUUCGAGCUGUAGUCUCACACCUGAAUCCCAUCUCACCCCCCAAAAUAACACACUGUCACUGUAUUUAAAUGUAUCCUGAGUUAAGACACCUACAGUAGGUAAAACAAGAAAGUUGUACAUAAAAUGUUGAAUGUAAAUGUUUUUCAAAAAUCUUUACUAAAGGUUGACAUGAUAUACAGCACCAUUUGCACUCCAUGGGUAAAAGAGACAUUCCAGUAGGGCUGGGUAUUUGAAAUGUUUUCUAUACAGUGCAGAUGUAGUAUCUGAGUUACAAAAAGGCAUAAAGGUUUGAUGCCACACUCGUCAGAAAACCUUCAAACUGUGCACAGUUCAUGACAAAUUGUCUUAUUUUAUUUAUAGAUAUGAAAAGAUCAGAUCUGUAGAACAGCAGCAAAUAUAUAUUUUUCCAGGUGUAAGCAAGUUUUAAGAUUUAAAUCUUAAGAGUGCAGUUUAAUCUUAAAUUGCAUUAAAAGAUGAAAUUAGAAACAAA